AUGGUCCGCUCCAGAGCAGUCAAAGGGGCAUACAAAAUGUAUAAUGAGCGCGAGGAGAAGCCCACUGCAGCACUUCGUGCUGGGCUUAGAAGUAAUGUACUGCUGAUAAAGUCGGAUACUGGUGAUCAUUUUGAAUUGGGAUGGCAUGUUGUGAACCAUAGAGUAGAUGCAUUAGACGGUUAUCGGUUGUUUCAGCUAGCCAAUGGGGCCAUGUACCAAUGGAGUACGAAAGGAAAAUUCCUCGAAAGAGUGUUCAAUAUCGGCGAAAAAGAGAGCGAAGUAAGGGAAAGAGUCGCAGCUGUUGCCAUCAAUGGCAACAAAGGGUUCACCAUUCGCAUAGACGAAUGCAAAGUACCAAGAGAGCUAGCCAUAAUGACGGCCAUGAUAAGCUACAUUGAUCAAUGGAAUACGAUGAUCGGAGUUGGGGGUAUAUAUUACCGUUACCAGCCAUCAACCGUGAGAUGGAAACGCGAUUAG